AUAGCUAAAUACAAAAUUGCUAGAGGAGGAAGCCAUAUAAAAACGCCAAAAACAUUAGCAAAUAAGAAGGCAACCAUAAAUCCAGAUAACAGUGAUACAAAAGAUAAUAAUUGCUUACUAUGGGCUAUAUGUAUAUGUAACGCUUAUAGACUCACAGAAGGUAAGCAAGAACAUUUAGAACGCUUAUCUAUUCUUAAAAAAUAUACUCAUCUAGUAAAUUUUGAAGGCAUUCUAGAUGGAAAGCCAGUCCCAGUAAGCAAGAAUGUGUUUGAAAAGCUCGAAAAAUUAAACCCUGACUAUUAUUUCAAUGUAUAUGACUGGGAUGAUAAAGAAGGAAUGCAACCAAUCAUAAUAUCGACAAAUUAUACAAGAAAAUAUGAGGUUAAUCUUCUAGUCCUCACUGAAGAAACUAUAGGUGGAAAGGAAAAAACGCAUUAUUUAUGGAUUAAAAAUCCAAGUAAGCUCAUAUUCACCAACACAAAGGAUAAUAAAAAGAAGCAUUUAUGUACACGCUGUGGGCAAUACACCUCAUCAGAAUCAACACUUAGAAGUCAUCAAAAGUAUUGUCAUGGCCAUACAGAUGCACCUCAAUUUACAGAGCUUCCAGAAAAAGGAAAGAAUGAAAAAUUACGAUUCAAAAAAUGGAAACAUAUGAUGAGAGCCCCUUGUGUUAUAUAUUCCGAUUUUGAGGCUUAUAAUAAGAAAUUUCAAGAAGGGGAAAAAUUCCGAGGUCAAAUCAAAAAGCUCACUGAAAACAUUCCCAAUAGUUACUAUAUCAUAGCUAAAUGGAGUGAUGGAGAGAUCUGGAGAGUUGAUAAACCAUACAGAGGAGAAAAUCCAACUGAAGAAUUCAUUAAAGAACUUGAAGAUAUGUAUGAGGAUAUCCGUGAAAAAUUAUCUGAAAACUUUGAUAUACGUAAACAUAAAGAUGAUCCAGAAUACCAUGAGGAAUAUGAGAACUCAAUGGCUAAAUUCGAAAAAGCAGAUAAAUGUUGGAUCUGUAAAGGAGGAUUUCAAUUUACCAACAAAGAAACACUUGCAGAAGGUAAUAGAUUGAAAGCAGAAGCACAAAAGAUUACAGAUAUUAAGAAAAGGAAAAAGGCUAUGGACAAGGCAAUGGAAAUGAUUCGAGAUGCACAGGUUCUAACAAAGGUUUGGGAUCAUGACCACUUAACAGGUAAGUUUAGAGGGGCAUCACAUUCAGGAUGCAAUCUAAAGCUAAAAAUCGACCCAGCAAGAGAUCAAAUUCCGGUAAUAUUCCAUAACUUCAGAGGAUAUGAUUCUCACUUAGUCUGUCAAUCAGCAGGAAAGGCCAGCAGUGAUCAUAUAACAGUAAUAGCUGAAAAUAUUGAAAAAUAUAAGUCAAUGACUAUAGGUAAGUUCAAGUUCAUAGAUAGCUUCCAAUUUAUGAAUACGGGACUUCGAAAAUUAGUAGAAAACUUGGGAGCAGUACCAUGUGAGGUAAAAGACUGUACAGAACAUAAAUUCCGAAUUGAUAAAGACAGAUGUAUGGGGAGACCUGAAGCUUUCAAGAAUCUCAAUAAACUUAUAGGAGACAAUGAUAAAGUAACAUUAUUAUUAAGAAAGGGAGUAUAUCCAUAUGAUUGGGUAGAUUCACCUGAAAAAUUUAACGUAAAAGAACUACCCCCAAUAGAAAGCUUCCAUAGUACUCUUGGAGGUACUAUAACACCAGAAGACUAUGAACAUGCUAAACUAGUAUGGAAAAAAUUCGGAUGUAAUACAUUUGGGGAUUAUCACGAUAUUUACCUAAAAGCAGAUGUAAUGCAACUUUGUGAUGUAUUUGAGGCAUUCCGUGAUACAGCAAUGGAAUAUUAUGAACUGGAUCCAGUAUAUUACAUAUCAACAGCCUCAUAUUCUUGGGAUGUAAUGUUAAAAUUUACCGACAUUGAACUUGAAUUGUUUACAGAUUUGCUCAUGCAUGAUGUUACAGAAAGCCAGAAGCGUGGAGGAGUAUCAAUGGUAUCAAAAAGAUAUGGAAAAGCCAACAAUCCAAAAUGUCGAGGAUAUGAUCCAUCAAAACCGAAUAAAUAUUUAAUGUAUGUAGAUGCCAACAACUUAUAUGGAUGGGCAAUGAGUCAAUACCUCCCAUAUGGUGGUUUCAAGUGGAUUAAACCAAGUGAAGCUCCCGAUCUUAUGUCUAUUCCAGAAAACUCGCCCAAAGGUUAUACAUAUGUAGUAGAUCUAAGAUAUCCUGAAGAGCUACAUGACCUACAUAAUGACUACCCACUAGCUCCAGAAAAUAUCGAAGUAAGAAGGGAUAUGCUUUCAAAACAUCAGGAAGGGUUAGUACAGGAUAAGAAUAUUGGGAAUGGAAAAUUUGUGAAAGGUAAGAAGCUAUGCCCAAAUCUUAUGGAUAAGAAAGAGUAUGCCGUACAUUACAGAACACUACAAUACUAUGUAAAAAAAGGUUUAGAAAUAACAAAGAUCCAUAUGAUCCUAGAAUUUGAUCAAUCUCCAUGGCUUGCACCGUUUAUUAACUUUAACACUGAUAUGAGAAAAAAAGCCAAAAACGAAUUCGAAAAGGACUUCUUCAAACUCAUGAAUAAUUCAGUAUAUGGUAAGACUAUGGAAAAUGUUCGGAAUUAUACUGACAUAAAGUUAAUGAAGCUCAAGGACAAUUGGCAAUCAGAACGCGCCAUAAUUAAGAAUAUAGCCAAACCCAGAUGCAAAGAUUUUCGAGUAUUUAAUGAUAAUUUAUGUGCGGUACAUCUAGGCAAGGAAAAAGUAUUACUUAGUAAGCCAAUAUAUGUAGGAUCAGCCGUAUUAGAUCUCAGCAAGCUCUGGAUGUAUCAAUAUUGGUAUGAUUAUGUUAAGGCCGAAUAUGAUGAAAAAGCAAGUCUUUUAUAUACCGAUACAGAUUCACUUGUAUAUGAGGUAGAGACUGAGGAUAUAUAUGCUGAUAUGGCUAAGAAUGCGAAUUUAUUUGACUUCAGCAACUAUCCCAAAGACCACCCACUUUAUAAUACUGAAAACAAGGCAGUAAUAGGUAAGUUUAAGGAUGAAUGUGCAGGAAAUCCAAUGCGUGAAUUUAUAGGUCUCAGAUCCAAAAUGUAUGCAUUUGAGAUCGAUAAUGGGAAAGUUACAAAAAAGGCCAAGGGAGUAUCAAAGAAUGUAGUAGCAAAUGAGUUAACAAUGGAUAGUUAUAGGGAUUGUCUAUUCAAUAAAAAGGUUACACAUACAGACAACAUAUAUGGAUUACGUGUGGAAAAUCAUAAAAUUUAUUUAACCAAGUCCAGAAAGAAG